UACUCGCAACGUCUUGACACGACACAGUAGAACUUCGGUCUUACUCCCUUGUUAUUCCAGUUCCCAUUUUUCUCAUAAGAUGUGCUGUUCACUACCCUCGUGCAUGCCAGUGAGCGUCACGAUUAUCAACAUCUGAGAUAAAGUUCCUUUAAAGGCCAUCGGUAGAUAAGUCCGUACAAGUCACAUAACCUAGUUACGUGAUAUCAGUGCGAGUAUAAAUGCAAAUUAUCCAGCUACUACGAAAAUAGUAACUGUUACUCCAAAACCAAGAAAAUAAGGUUAAAAAUGUCGAGGCUCUUCGGUCGUAAGAUCUUUGACACUUCGAAUGUUUUAAAGAAAAUUUCACAAACCAGUGUAACAUCGGUCAGAAAUUUGAAUCUUCUGGAAUAUCAGAGUAAAGUGUUACUGAAAGAUAGCGGAAUCUCCGUGCAAAACUUUUGUAUCAUUGAUGACCUGAACAAAGCAAAGUCAACUCUUGAGAACUUUCAUGCAGACGAAUAUGUCGUUAAGGCUCAAGUUUUGGCUGGUGGACGUGGGAAAGGUUGGUUCGACAAUGGAUUUAAAGGUGGUGUACAUCUUACCAAAGAUCCGAAUGCUGUGCUAGAUACCAUAAAGAAUAUGUUGGGCCAUAGGCUCGUAACUAAACAGACUUCAAAAGAUGGAAUACUCGUGCAUAAAGUUAUGGUUGCAGAGUCAGUGGACAUUGCACGUGAGACUUAUCUGUGCAUUUUAAUGGAUCGACAAUAUAAUGGACCAGUUUUAAUUGCUUCUCCAUCGGGGGGAGUUGAUAUUGAGUCUGUUGCUAAAAAGACUCCUGAACUUAUCAAAACUUUACCUCUGGAUAUUUAUUCUGGAAUUAGCGACGAUACCGCCAAAGAGAUCGUUAACUUCUUAGGUUUCAAUGAGAAAGAUCUUGAAGAAAAGGCAAUAAAAGAAUUAAAAAAUUUAUGGAAAUUGUUUGUAGACAUUGAUGCACUGCAAUUAGAAAUCAACCCCUUUGUAGAGACCAAGGACAAACAAGUAAUUGCUGUCGAUGCAAAGAUAUCUUUCGAUGAUAAUGCACAAUUUAGACAGCAAGAUAUUUUUUCUAUGGAAGACAAUAGUGAAAAAGAUCCACGAGAAGUGGAAGCGUCAAAAUACAAUUUAAACUAUAUUGGAAUGGAUGGAAAUAUAGGAUGCUUAGUAAAUGGAGCUGGUUUGGCAAUGGCUACAAUGGAUAUAAUCAAGUUGAAUGGAGGAACACCAGCUAACUUUUUAGAUGUAGGGGGUAGCGUGAAAGAGGAACAGGUUUAUCAAGCAUUUCGAAUACUUCUUGAAGAUUCUAAAGUCAAGGCAAUUCUUGUGAAUGUAUUUGGUGGUAUCGUUAAUUGUGCCACCGUUGCCAAAGGAAUUGUUGCUGCAGCUAAAAAAUUAGGAUUAAAAUUGCCAUUAAUUGUUAGAUUAGAAGGUACGAACGUGGCAGAGGCAAGAAAGAUUCUUGCCGAUUCUGGAUUACCUAUACUCACUGCUAACAAUUUAGACGAAGCAGCAAAGAAAGCCGUUGCAUCCAUAAAACCUUAAUUAUUUCAAAUAUAUUCUUAACACAUUGCACGUGUAACUUACACGAGUGAUAGGAUUGGUACAAAUGAGAAGAAAUAUUUUCAAACUAGAAAAGAGAAUGAACGAUAUUUUCAUAAAUCAAUUAUUUCUGUGGCUGCAAUCCAUACAAUUUGUAAGUAAAUUUCGUCAAUACCCAAAGCAGAAUAAUGACACUUUUUAGUUACAUCCUUAGUUGUACGUAAUGGGAAGUCUGUAUUUCCUGUAUGUUAUUUUAUUAUUUUCGUGUAUACUGUAAGCGUUAUAUCACUUGUUACAGCUUUUAUGGAAUACAUUUUUAUAAAGUUACGGUUACCAUUGAUCUCA